AUGGCCUCUUCCGCCUCUUCUGCCUCCGCCUCCCCCCUCCGCUUCGGCCCCUUUGACGUCUCCACCCAGGUCUUCUACACCACCCCGCUGUCCUUUGCGCUCGUCAACCUGAAACCUCUGCUGCCCGGUCACGUGCUCGUCUGUCCACGCCAGCCCCACCGCCGACUGACAGACCUCGACCCCGACGAGCUGGCCGACCUCUUCGGCGCCGUCCAGACCGUCCAGCGGAUGCUGGCCGCACACUUUUUUCGCGACCCCGAUCACAGCCACAACCAUGACCUCAUCCACACCGGCGGCGGCUUCAACAUUGCUGUCCAGGACGGCCCCGAUGCCGGUCAGACCGUGCCUCACGUGCAUGUCCACGUGAUUCCUCGCAUCCACGGUGCCACCGCCAAGGAUACCACCACCGACGGCGACGCCCUCUACGAGCAGAUGGCCGCUGAGCCGGGCAAUGUCGGCGGCGCCCAGUGGGACGCUGCCGCUGAUGCCUCCAUCGGCAGUCGCCCCAAACCCGGCGGCCGCUUUCCACAUAUUGAAGACAGCAACCGCAAGCCGCGCUCCAUGGCCGAGAUGGAGGCCGAGGCAGCCGUCUUCCGAAAGCUGCUGACUCAGCAAACCCGGCUGGAGCAGGACAGCAAGCAGCCGUGA